AUGUCGAAUACAAAUGGUGACGUUCCUCGUGGAAUGUCAAUAUCCAUCUCGCCCACAACCAUCCAACCGUCAACCGUCUCAACUUCUCUACCUAUACCUAACUCCCACGCUCAGUCUCAACCAUCAUCCUCAAGGCGAGCUUCACAAUCCUCAUCUUCUUCCUCUUCGUCGACAGGACCAGAUCAUUCACUUGACCUCCCAUCACUCCAACCUCUCUCACACUCUCAUCCCCUCCUCUCAUCCGAGAACUUCAACGCCGACGAAUUCCUGUUAUCUAGACUACACAUUCCUCUCGAAGAACUUCGAGGUGAAUUAAGAAGCUAUUUGAAUGAGCUGAAGGAGGAACUGGUGAGGUUGAUCAAUGAAGAUUACGAGGAGUUCAUAUCGCUUGGAACGGGGUUGAGAGGGGAGGAAAGUAGGUUGAAAGGAUUGCAGGAGCCUAUGAAGGUUGUUAGAGGAGAAGUCGAGUCUGUAAGAGAUGUUUUGUAUGAGCACCAGCAGAAGGUGCAAACUAAAUUGGACGAACGUUCAGCUUUGAGAGAAGAGAAGGCCCUCCUCGACCUCUUGCAGCGGCUAUUCGAUACCCUCACCAGAGCAGAGACAUUGUUAGAUACCACGCCGGAUGAAGAGCAUGGUUCAGCCAAAAUGAUCACUAGAGUAGCAGGCGAAUACACCCAGGUGGUCUACCUGGUCAAUAAAGCUAGGAUGGAAGGAUGUGCUAUAGUGGAUAUCGUCGAGGAUCGUAUCCAAAUUAUCAAAUCUCGCCUAUCUAAAGAUCUGUCAACGUUACUCACCGCAGAACUGGCUGAGCCGAAUAUACCGAGGCUGAAACAGUGUUUGAAGACUUACGAAUUGAUAGAAGGAUGGGAAGAAGCUGAAGGAGUUGUGAGGAAAGCUAUACGGUCAUACUGUAGAUCUACGAUAACAUCAACAAGUCUAACAGUCCCGACCACACCCACGGCCCCUAAGACACCCCAUUCCUCAUCACUCAAUAAUGCAUUAGAGAAACCUCUCAGAUUGCCCGCAGAGGACCAAUCGCCUCUUGCUUCUCUAUAUAACAAGAUCUUAAGCCAGAUGGAGACUUAUUCCCCACUUUUACAGAUAUCAGAAGAUGUCUCUGAAAAAUUCGAUUUCUUUCCAAAGAUCAUCUGGCCAGAGUUUGCAGGAGCUCUGAUAGAUAAUUUGGGAAGUACGAUAUUUGCAGCUGGAAGACCUGAUGAGCUACAUAAGCAUUAUACGACAACACAUGAGUUUAUCGCCCUACUCGAAACACUCGCUCCGUCCACCCGAAAUGUCAUCUCCAUGCGAGCGUCCCCUGCAUACGAGGCAUUCGAAAGAAGAUGGCAAUUACCGGUAUACUUCCAAUUGAGAUGGAAAGAGAUUGUCGGGACUCUGGAAAGUGCUUUGGCAUCUACGAGCAACGAGAAAAGUGGAUCGGGUGAAUGGGCGUUACCCGCUUCUGCAAGUGUAUGGAGAGCAUUAGAGACCACUUGGAGUGAGGAUGUGUUCAUUGACGAGCUGGCACCGAGGUUUUGGAGGUUGAGUCUUCAAAUCAUAUCCCGGUAUGGUACAUACCUAAAAUACACGUUGAAUACCUUUACGAUCAAAGAGGAAGAUACGGCUCAGGAAGAUGCAGCGUUGAAAUUCACCGCUGCUGCUAUUGUCGAUCUGGACCGGAUCAAAGAGAAAGUUGCAGAGAUCGAGGUCAUCAAGUCUUUAGGCUUGCAAGAACACCUCACUAUACCUAUCACACCUUACUCCAACGUCCUUUUGCAAAUCCUUACUCGGAGAUGUAUAGAUCCCUUGAAACUCAUUAGAUCAAUCGCCUCUCAGUUCAGAUCAUCCACUAGCACCAGCAGUAGCACCUCUUCUUCCUCAUCGAACCAGGCAUCCUACUUCAUACCCAACGUUCUUAAACCCAUAUCAAACUUAUACAAUCUACAACCACAGCUGAAAGAUACAUAUGGGAAAGAAUGGUCUGUUCAGAUAUCAGAUUCGGUCUUACAGAAUUACUCUUCGAUAUUAAGUUCGGUCAGGAAGACUGAAGAUCUAUUGAGGAAACAUCGUAAAUCCAAGAAAACUGGUUUAUCAUCUUUCUUCUCUUCGGCUUCUUCUACUACCACGGCGGCUGACCCCGAAGGAGGGAAAGAAGAGAAGGAAGAAGAAAGAUUUAGAUCACAGAUGUUGAUUGAUAUCAACACGUUAAGGGAUGAUGCCAAGAGAUUGUGUGGGAUUGAUAUUCAGGAAUUGAGCAGCUGGAAAGAAUUGGUGGAUGUCAUUAACAAACCGUCCGAGUAA